CGUCCCAUCUCCAUGACAACGCAAGACAACCGAAGGUUUAGCACGGACUGUGAAAUAACUGAAACAUAUUCGUGUAUUUAGUGCUUUUGAAAGGCAGUUACCACAUCAAGAUUCACCGAGAUUUGUUUAUCCACAAAAAGCAUCCGGAAACCGUGAUUUUCAAGCUGUCAUCUCGCCCUACAGUAGGGAUUCAAGGAGUCAGAAAUGGAAAGUCCUCGUGUUGGUGUGGUGAGAGAGUCCAUGUUGCACCGUCCUCUAUUAAUUAAGCCAGCUCUUGGAAAGACCAAGUCAAGAGGUUUGUCCUAUCCGGGACCUGACUUUGUUUUUGGGACAGCGACCACAGUUCGGGAUGGAGGAGUGCCAGAGGCUAUCUCCAGCUGGCACACUCACACUAUGUCUACCAGAAACAGGGAGGCUGAGAGGGAUUUUAUCGCCCUUAACCGAGAAGGGGUCAAGUCAGGUUUGGUUACUGCUAAAGAGCUGCACCAGUACCGUGCCACCCACGACAUUCGGCGCCAGCCGCUAACCAGAGAGGGGUUUCGCAGGUCGGCCCCAGCUCGCAUACCACCAGAUGCUUCAUUUGGAAUUACUAACAAACCAUCCACCCCAAUCUCAGAGCUCAUGGAGUAUAAGUAUGCUCAAAAAUGGCUGGAAGAGCAGCAGGUCAAGGACAAAAUCCUGCAGGCCCAUCGCCAUAAGAAGGCUCAGCUUGGACGUAUACAGGAUACACGAACAACCAUGCUCCGCAAGAGUCGCCCCUUACCCGAGCCCCCAUCCAUGUGGAAAAUGCCUCGAUUCCAGCAGGUGGGACCAGCUCUGGACACCUUUCGAGAUCCUGAAGCCCGGAAGAAAGCCAUGAGCGCCCACCACUCAGAGUCUGCAAGCAGGAGAGGGAUUCUGGGUCAAGGCACUUACACGGUGGAUUAACAGAGCUAAAAUUAUUACAUCUCAGCGCCUCUGUGAAUCAGGAAUCUUCUUCAAGUAUUAAUCUCUCAAUAAUUUUUUUUUAUGUAAUUUGUUCUUUUUUUUCUUUUUUUUUAUUAGCAUUAAUGUG